AGAAGGUGUCUACAAAAGAGCACAGGAACAUUUGUGACGUCAGUGAGUAAACGAAGAUAACGCGAAAGAGAUUGGGAUUUUGAUGAGAACUAUAAACAAACACUCAGUAAAAAUUGUUUUGCAAGUGAGGAGAAAAACAUCAGUAUCAUUUGUAAUGCCUCAGCAACAAAUGUGAUGGCCUUUAAGUUAAUUGGAAAGCCUCAGUGGGCAGAGCUCAGAGAUCUGUACGCGAAUGAUAGGACUAAUCUCACGGGAUUCGACUUAAUCGAGUACUUUAUAAACUACAUACCCUUAUCCAGAUCCGAGUCCAUAGCAAUAUACACAACCGAUGAGAAUUGGGCAACACACGGCAGUUAUGUACUUAAUCAUUAUUUGGAUGACAAGGUAUAUAUUUAUUUAGAUACCAUCAAGGGAUCCCUAGAAGAUCUGGGAAACCUGUUGUGCUCUCUAAAACUGAAUGUGUUCCAUUUGAUCUGCGGCUAUGGAGACAGAUUAAAACCAUUAGUUGAGGCAUACUGGCUGAGUGUCGGGCAGGAUUUGACUAGUCUUGAACACCAGGCCGCUAUUGUCUACCACCUGCCAAGCACCAAAAUACCCAGUUGGAAACCGAGCUUAAGUGACACUUGCAAAGUUGCUUAUCUGACCCCGAAUCAUGCCGACUUGGUCGACAGACACUGGGCUUAUCGAUCAGCUGAUUCUUUGAGUUUGAUAAGGGGAUUUAUGGAGAACAAUCUCACUGCUGGUGUUUUUAGUACCCAAGGGCAACCCCUAGCCUGGUGCCUCAGAUCUCCUCAUGGAAGCCUGAGCAACCUGCACGUUUUAUCCUCACACCGUCGAAAGGGCCUGGGAUCCCUGGCAGUGCGCUUUAUGGCCCAUGAAAUCAAGUCAACGGGGUCAGAGGUCCUGGCCACGGUUGUUCCUGGAAACGAGGGCUCCCGGCGAAUGUUUGAGAAACUGGGGUUCACGCCCAUCAACAAACUCUACUGGGCAGUGAUACCCUGCUUUUCACGAUUAAACACUAAAUAG